AUGAAAAAGCGUAUACUUGAGAUUCAAGAGUCUGAAAGACUCAGUGAUAAAAGCAGAAUAUAAUCAGAGGAUCAUAAUUUAGUAGAUUAAUCUAGAUAUAUUGCUCAUUUACUUCAAUAAAAUGGUAUUAUUACUGAUAAUACUGCUAUUUCCUCUUCUUAGUAUUUGGAGGAAAGGAAAUUAGAAAUCAUUCCUCAAGCCCAAUCAAUGCAUGAGUUUGAUGAUAGCGAGUUGACAUAUGAUGAAUACUUGAGACAAUUUCUGUCUAAUCAUGAAUCAGAAGAAAAAUAGAUUGCAUAAGGUGAUGUUUAAUAACCAUAAAAGGGUAAAAAGAGAGAGAAAAUCAAGAAUCUAAUGAAAGGCAUGGCUUCCUUUAUCACUUAAAACACUCUUAAGCCACUUUCAAGUGUGAUACAGACUGUCUAAAAUAAUAAUCUAUUUGAAGACAGCUUUGAAGAUAACAGAGAUGGAGAUUAUACAUAUGAUAAUUAAAAUAGGAGUGAAUAAAUCGAUGAUAGUUAAAAGCGAAACGAAGAGUAUGGAUUUGAAGAUGAAACCAAGGCUGAAUUAGAUGAGAUGAUCAGAAAAACAUGUCAGAAAAUCGAGGAAGCUCAAAAAUAAGAGAGAAAUAAGACUUCUUCUAUGAAUAAAAGUGAAGUAAUGCGCAAAUACUACUAUGAUUUAAGAAAUUAGAUCGUCUCUGAGAAGGAACAAGAGAAGAAAAAGAAUACAAACAAUUAUGGAAAGCAAAUGGAAAUGGAGUAGGAGGAUUAUGUUCAGGAGAAGCAAGAGAUUGAAAAUGAUAUGCUGCGAAUGGCCCAAGGAAUGAAGUAAUUCGCUAACUCCUUUAAGUCUCAGUUCUAAAAGGAUGAAGUCGUCUUAAAGAAAAUAGCUGAUAGCCAGGAGUAGAAUCUAGAUAAGACGGAAAAGGAGAGAGAUGAGAUUGCUAAAUUGCAGGCAAAAGUUUUCAGCAGUUUCUGGCAAAGGAUUUUGAUGCUGAUAAUAGCAACAUUGACAUUUAUGGGAACUGGCUUCUUCAUUUGGCUAUUCCCUAAUAAGAUUAAAUAUGAAGUAGCUGGAGCUAUAUGA